AUACGAAUGAGUUCAAGGGGAGGGAAAACUGUCUUACAAUAUGUAAUAUCAACGUUAAAAUAAACGAUUACAAAUGGUGUAGUUUAAUUGAUAAGGUUUAGACCAAAGAGAAGCAAAGGUUUUCUACGUAGAAGUUCAUUUGGUUUAUGUUAUGAAAUAAAUUAAUAUAGUACAUUAAUAAGGACCAGCACAUGAUAGAAUCAGUUGACGUAAUUGCGUUUAUUGGUACCGGUAUAAAAUAUUGCCCUUUACAGUUGAAUUGUUUAAAUUAUUCCAUGAAGAACUAAAAGAGGGACGGAAAACGAUGAAGGGGAUUCUUUGUUUCUUUUUGAUAUUGAUGGCGAAAUGUGCUAAUUCAACAAGCCAGCAAUGCAGCGCAUCUUCUGUUGGAAGACAAUUUGUUUUUGGUGCCAUCGGUUUUGUCCGCAGUACCUCUGGACCAUAUUUACGCUUACACAUCACUCCUACUGAACAAGUACAAGCGCACGUCCAGAUAACUGCACCGUUUUCAAAUUUGAAUAAAACCUUAAACGUUUCAAAUUUUACCAUUACUUCUAUCAAUGCAUCUCAAAUUCAGUUUGAAAAAGGAAAACAAUUUAAAGGAAUUGAAGUUAUUUCUGAUGUGAAUGUAUCAGUACAUGUCGUUAUUCCUAGCGGUGACGAAACAGAAGGGCUUCUUGCUUUACCAUUGACCGCUCUUGGCACACACUAUGUUACUUUAUCAUACAAACCAUACAAAGUAUAUAGCAGUGAAAUUUUAGUUGUUGGGAUUGAAAACAAAACUAGUGUUUCUCUAUAUACAAUGCUUGAUGGUCAUCGAGGUUCUAAUACAACAUUCCAAUUACAAAAGUUCGAAAGUUACCAGUUCAAAGCGAAUAAUGAUACCAGUGGAAGUGUCGUUAUUUCUUCCAAACCAGUUGCUGUGAUCUCAGGGACAGCAUCUGCAAAAAUCCCACCCGGAAUAGGAGAUUAUCAAUACCUAACUGAACAGAUGAUCCCAACAAAAUAUUGGACUACAAAGUUUAUAGUUCCACCUAUAUAUCCACGUCUAUAUUUCGUCCUACGAUUUUUUGCUGAUCAUGACAAUACGGAAAUACAGUAUUACAACAGCACGAAUCAUUAUGCUGUAAAUUUGACUAAAGGAUCAAUGGAGGAGACAUUGUUUACAACUGACCCUGUUGUUGUCAUUGCAAACAAACCUAUUAGUGUCAUGCAAUAUGGGUAUGAUGGAGAUAAUAUGUAUGGUGACCCUUACAUGUCAUCUGCUCAAGGCAUCCUACAAUAUGUGCACUCUUAUAAAUUUGUUUCUCAAAAUUAUUAUGAUUCAAGCAAUACUAUAGCUGUAACAAUAAACAAAAAUAAUGUGAGCGGACUUAUUCUAAAUGGUCAUUCUAUGUCGUAUUUUAACGCAAAGAGAGUAAAUGUUUCUUCACCAAUGGAUGAAUAUGUAACUUUAUUCGUCAACAUUACAUAUAACACGUACUAUCAUUUACACCACAGUGGAGGAUUGAAAUUUGGGGCCGUUAUAUACGGACGUCCCGGACCUGCUUUAGCAUAUGGAUAUCCUCUUCAACUUUUACUGAAUUCAAAUGAAUGUACUGUUCAGAAUCCCUUGACGACUAGUUCUUUCUCAACUGCUCAACCUUAUUACUCAACACAAACUAUUCAAAACGGAAAUGGAAAAUGGUGUUUUCAAUGUGACGGCAUGGCACAUCUGAAGUAUUGCGACGAAGUUUCAAAAUGCCUGGAUGAAGCUGAGGUUUGUUAUGUCCAAAGCUACACACGAAGCCUUCAUGUCCGUCUGUACAGGUCUGGUUGUGUACACCCCAAGCAAUGUAACGUGAGUGAUGGAAAUGGUGGAUGUACCAAAUGUUGUAACGGAAAUUUCUGUAACACCAUUGGAUGUGGCGAUGAUGGUUUCCCGGCACCUGGACACAGAGGUCCGAUUUGUUUUGACUGUACUCAUUUAGGAGACAGUGAGACGUGUAACACAGUACAGUUGUGCCGAUCUAACCAGGUUUGCAUGAUAGAGAAGUACGAGUGGGGCGACAGUGACUCUCACUACAUGAGAGCUUGUGCAGACUCUCAGACAUGUUCAAAGAAGAGGUCAACCAAUGAAUUGUCAGCUCGUCACGCCCCCGUCUGCUCGCACUGUUGUCAUUCUGAUUUCUGUAAUGACAACUGUACAUCAAUCCACGUGUCUGAAAUAAUUGGCUAACAGAUGUGAAUUUUGCUGUAAAACAUGUUACAAAUAAAAAAAAAGUAACCAUG